CCACGUUGUGUUUAGAAUAAUGAAAGAAGAGGAUUUCAAUUCAGAAGGCAUUGAGAUUGUUAUCUGGACAGAAGAACCCAACUGUUUCUUUAUAAAAUUAGCCAAAAUGGUGAGGAAAUGGGUAUGGAGCGGUGGGUGGCUAAGCUGAGUUCUGCCAUUUUUGCCAUUCCCAUUCCCAUUCCCAUUCAGCACCACUCGCUUCAAAUCCAUUGGCUUAACUGAUUUCCCAUUCCCACUAUGUCUCUCUAUUUUCCCAUCUCUUCUCUUCCUCAAAUUCAGCUUCCCUUUUCUUCUCCACCUCUCUCUUCCCCUAAUUUCACUCCUAUUCCUUCUCUUCCUUCUCCCUCUUCUUCUUCUUCUUCUUCAUAUUCACCUUCUUCCCUCUCUUUCACUUUCAUUCACCGAUGCAGAUUCUCUUCAAUGGCCGGAGGCUUCGAUUCUUUCAACGCUUUCGUUUCCUGUCGUGUUUUUAGCGGCUAUGGCACAGGGGAGUUUUCUAGUGGUAGUGAGGAAGAAGAGGAAGAUGAUGAAGGGAAUGGUUCUGAUGAGGAUCUCCUGGUCGGAAUUGAACAUCUCCAUGACAUUAAUCCCUCUUCUUCUCGUUUGCCUGACAGAUGGGACGUCUUGGGGCUUGGUCAAGCUAUGGUAGAUUUUUCUGGUAUGGUAGAUGACGAGUUUCUGAAGAAACUGGGUUUAGAGAAGGGUAUAAGGAAGGUUGUAAAUCAUGAGGAAAGAGGUAGAGUAUUGCGGGCAAUGGACGGUCGCAGCUAUAAGGCGGCUGCUGGCGGAUCUCUUUCGAACAGCCUGGUGGCCUUGGCAAGGCUGGGUAUUAGACCCAUGAAAGGCCCUACUUUCAAUGUAGCUAUGACUGGUAGUAUAGGGAGUGAUCCAUUGGGCAGCUUCUACAGGUCAAAACUAAGUCGUGCGAAUGUACAUUUUCUUUCUCCUCCCGUCAAGGAUGGGACAACAGGAACAGUCAUUGUUCUUACUACCCCUGAUGCCCAGCGAACAAUGCUUGCAUAUCAGGGUACAUCUUCCACUGUGAAUUAUAGUCCAGCGUUAGCUAGUGUAAUUAGCAAGACAAAUGUACUUGUAGUUGAAGGGUAUUUAUUUGAACUGCCUGAUACAAUUAAAACGAUUCAAAAAGCAUGCGAGGAAGCACACCGAAGCGGUGCUCUAGUUGCAGUCACAGCUUCAGACGUCUCCUGCAUCGAAAGACAUUUUGACGAUUUUUGGGAAAUUGUUGGAAACUUUGCGGAUAUUGUUUUUGCAAACCAUGAAGAAGCGGCAGCUCUAUGUCAUUUUGACUCCAAGGAAAGUUCUAUAUCAGCUGUAAGGUAUCUGAGUCAUUUUGUUCCGCUUGUCUCGGUCACGGAUGGGCACAGAGGUUCAUACAUAGGUGUCAAAGGAGAAGCAGUAUAUAUCCCACCUUGUCCAUGCGUACCUCUCGACACUUGUGGCGCUGGAGAUGCCUAUGCGUCAGGUAUUUUGUACGGUAUUUUGCAGGGAGUCUCAGAUUUGAAAGAAAUGGGAACAUUUGCAGCGAAAAUUGCGGCCAGAGUGGUCGGGCAACAGGGAACUCGUUUAAGGGUUCAAGAUGCCAUGGAGCUUGCAGAUGCAUUUUCUAGCUUUCAGUCUGAUAUUGGCUCAUCACAUGUGUAGACUGUAGUGUGCAACUUGAACAUCAAGCCAUCUUCUUUUUUAAUAAAGUUCUCUUAUCACACGUA